AAUAGCAGCAUCUUAAAACCGAGGAAUUUCCGCCUACUCUCUCCAUAUCGCCAUCACCGGAAACGCGCCGACUUGGCCGCCCGACUCUCUCUCUCUCUCUUUCCUCAUCAGGAAAAACCUGUUUCUGUGGACACACGUGAGCUGCCAAUUAAUGCCCGUUCUUGUUUUCUUCUCCAAGGUGUAUUAGGGAGUAGGGGAGCUGAAGUGAAUCAGAAAAAUGUUCAAUUUUACUCGAGCAAGAAGCCAAGCGAGGCAAAACAGAUCUCUCUCUCUUGGAGGACUGGAUUACGCAGACCCCAAGAAGAAAAACAAUUACCUUGGAAAGUUUCUUUUGACCGCUUCUCUCACAGCCUUGUGCAUUUUCAUGCUUAAGCAAUCUCCAACCUUCAAUACUCCCAGUGUGUUUUCUAUACAUGAGCCAGGGGUUACACAUGUUCUAGUCACUGGUGGUGCUGGGUAUAUUGGUUCCCAUGCAGCUCUUAGGCUUCUUAAGGAAUCCUACCGAGUCACCAUUGUGGACAAUCUAUCACGUGGGAACCUCGGUGCAGUCAAGGUUUUGCAAGAAUUGUUUCCGGAACCCGGAAGGCUUCAGUUUAUUUAUGCUGAUCUUGGAGAUGCAAAGGCUGUCAACAAGAUAUUCUCUGAGAACGCCUUUGACGCUGUGAUGCAUUUCGCUGCUGUUGCAUACGUUGGGGAAAGCACACAGUUCCCUCUUAAGUAUUAUCACAAUAUUACAUCGAACACUUUGGUGGUAUUAGAGACAAUGGCUGCUCAUGGAGUAAAGACUUUGAUAUAUUCAAGCACAUGUGCAACGUAUGGGGAGCCUGAUACUAUGCCAAUUACAGAGGAGACUCCUCAGGUGCCAAUUAAUCCAUAUGGUAAGGCUAAGAAGAUGGCAGAAGACAUCAUUUUGGAUUUCUCGAAAAACUCAAACAUGGCGGUUAUGAUCCUAAGAUAUUUCAAUGUGAUUGGGUCUGAUCCAGAGGGUAGAUUGGGUGAAGCACCAAGGCCUGAGCUGCGAGAGCAUGGAAGAAUCUCCGGUGCUUGCUUUGAUGCUGCACGUGGUAUCAUGCCUGGUCUCCAGAUCAAAGGAACAGACUACAAAACCUCCGAUGGAACUUGCGUACGGGAUUACAUUGAUGUUACUGACUUGGUUGAUGCUCAUGUUAAAGCUCUCCAAAAAGCAAAACCCCGCAAAGUUGGAAUCUACAAUGUUGGUACCGGGAAAGGUAGCUCGGUGAAAGAGUUUGUUGAGGCGUGCAAGAAAGCCACUGGUGUCGAGAUCAAGAUCGAUUACUUGCCUAGACGCCCAGGUGAUUACGCUGAGGUUUAUAGUGACCCUAGCAAGAUCAGGAAAGAACUUAACUGGACGGCUAAGCACACUAAUCUCAAGGAGAGUCUUGAGACUGCUUGGAGAUGGCAGAAGCUGCACCGUAAUGGCUAUGGCUCAACCUCCUCAUCUGUCUCGGUUUACUAACUUUCUUCAUUCCCUUGCUGACGAAUGGAGAUUUUGAUGGUACUGAGAGGCGUUAGGAGUGUGAUGGUCUAUAUGUUAAAAAUAUAAAAUAAGAUAUUAUAAAAGAGAUUUUGAUUGAUUAGUGUCACGCUGAUAUUCAUUUUGUAAUGGCUUUAGGUUCUGGUAGGAAGCAGCCAUUCAUUAUAUUUAUGUACUACCUUUCUCAUAAUGCUUAUCUAUUUAUUAGUCUUCAUAAUAUAUUAGCUUUUCAUUUUA